UCGCUUGAUCUCAACCGUUGAUCUCUCUAAACAGUGAACGGUUCAGAUAUUACAUUUCUACAGUUCCUUCAAAUCCAUUUUCUACGGUUCCUUCUACCUACUCUCUCUCUUUCUCUCUCCCCAACCUCUGUUCGUUCGUUUGUUCAAGAUUUCGAGAUUUUGAGAAUUGAAUCUUCAAGAAAGAUAUAUACUAAGGAAUGUUCGUAGAGAGACAGAUUGCUUGAGGAUUUUUGUUUGAAUUCAAUAGGAUGCCAGUCUUUACCAGGUCUCAGAUCCAUCCCGACCUAGAAGCGAGUUCUACUGAUUAUCCUCAUGAUCGAGAAGAUGCAACCGUGAAUCGAGCUUCUGGCCAAAGGAGCAGUUUAUUACACCAUGGAUUGAAAGAGAAGAUGAAGGCGUUAACUCUCUUGUACGAGCAGCAGAAACAAGCUCUGGCUAACAGGAACUCCAACUAUCCUCCACGACCUACCAGUAGCAAAGAAGACCUUCCUCCUCUGCCGCCGCCGCCGCAGCAGCAGCAGCAGACUCGUUUCACCGAUCAUUCUUCUCAACCGUCAUACAGAGAAUCUGAUAUCGGCAUCUUGAAGGAAAACAACACUAACACAUCCAUCAAACCUACAGUAUCGAAGAUCUACGCUAUGACUCAGGUUAAGGACAUGAAUUUGAUGUGCCCUAGCAGAAGGACAUUAACGGAGUCUAAAGUGGUGGCGAGGAAGUUGUCAAUCGGACCGGAGAAUGAGAUUGAGGAGACGGUUACUGAGAAGAAGGGGCAAGUGGUGCAGAUACAAGGACGGAUUCACGUUUUUGUUAGACUUAGACCAAUGUCCAAGAAGGAGAAGGAAGCCGGAGCUAGGUCAUGUGUGAAAAUCGUUAACAUGAGAGACGUAUACCUAACUGAGUUCGCAAAUGAGAAUGACUAUCUCCGGUUGAAGAGAGUUCGUGGUCGUCAUUUCACAUUUGAUGCCUCCUUCCCCGAUUCAACUUCUCAACAGCAAGUUUAUGCAGCAUCGACAUCGGAGCUGGUGGAUGCAGUCUUACAUGGAAGAAAUGGAUCUGUAUUCUGUUAUGGUGCAACAGGAGCAGGUAAAACCUACACUAUGUUAGGGACGAUGGAGAAUCCAGGUGUAAUGGUGUUAGCCAUUAAAGAACUUUUCUCCAAGAUUAGAGAGAUGAGCUUCGAUGGGGAUCAUGUCGUUCAUCUUUCUUAUCUUGAAGUCUACAAUGAAACUGUUAGAGAUUUACUCUCCCCUGGAAGAGCUUUGCUUCUCCGAGAAGAUAAACAAGGGAUGAUCGUAGCAGCAGGUCUAACUCAUUACAGAGCUUACACAACUGAUGAAGUUAUGGCUCUACUUCAACAAGGUAACCGCAAUAGAACAACUGAACCUACUCGAGCGAACGAAACUUCUUCCCGUUCCCACGCAAUUCUACAGGUGGCGGUUGAAUAUCGAUUUAGAGAUGCAUUAGGUAACAUAUCUAAUCGAGAAGGAAAGUUAUCACUAGUUGAUCUUGCUGGUUCGGAGAGAGCUCUUGCUACUGAUCAGAGAACACUGAGAUCUCUUGAAGGUGCAAAUAUUAACAAGUCUCUUCUAGCGCUAAGCAGCUGCAUCAACGCUUUGGCUGCAGAUGACAGUAAGAAACACAUACCAUUUCGUAAUUCGAAGCUGACUCAACUUCUGAAGGAUUCUCUCGGUGGAGCUUGUAACACUGUGAUGAUAGCUAAUGUCAGCCCUAGCAACCUCUCUUUUGGAGAAACUCAAAACACUCUGCACUGGGCUGAUCGAGCCAAGGAGAUCCGAACUAAGGAUUGUGAUGUGAACGAAACAGUAGAAGAAGAAACGGAUCAAGCGAAGGUGGUAUUGAGUUUGCAGAAAGAGAAUCGAGAGCUGCGUGCUCAAUUGGCAAUACAACAGCACAAAUUGAACACUGUUCAAGCAAGUGAGAAGCCGAAAACGAGAUCGUCGUCUUUAGGCAACUGUUUCACACCUGAUAAGAAGAAGAAGGGAGGAGGAGUGGAAGAGGCAGUAAUGGUAAAGGAGCUUAGACAGACUGUGAAAGCAUUGGAAAUGGAGAUUGAGAGGUUGAAGAAGGAUCAUGCAGUGCAGAUAAAGCAGAAGGAUGAUUUAAUUCAGAAACAGCUUUUAAAGAAAACCGAGAAAGAAUACAUGGAAGAAGAAGAAGGAAUGGGAAAGAGAAUGGCGACGAGAAGUUCGAUGAGGCUAAAGGAGCGAGCUGCUGCGAGCCGUGAUAUAAAGAGUCCGAGUCAUAGGUUCUUAUCUCCAGCUCCGGUGGCUAAGAAAAGAAGCUUCUGGGAUAUAACCGCCAACAGUCCUUCAUCAACUGUCACACCGAACAGAAGAAGAUCUAGAAGCCAUGUCGUGGGCGGAGGUGGCGCUGAAAUUCCUGUGGCGGUUGCUGCCGUAGCUACAGCAGCUCGUGCUCCGUCCAUGCUUCUUCAGCCGGGAUUUAGUCGUCAAAGAAAGCCAGUGCCAUUGAAGAAAUAAUAACUGGAAGAAGUGUAGUCUGAUGAUGGGGGAUUUCUGAAUAUUUAUCUUCUUUUCUUGUUUGUUUGUGCAAUGAGAUAUAAUAGGUAAACAAAACAAAAAAAAAUACACUUUUGGCAUUGAUUUUUUUUCUAGGAUUCUUCUAUUGUAUUGUUGUUGAUGCAUCUAACCUAGAUUGAUAUUGAUCUUUGGGGCUUCUUACUU